GACGAAGAAGAGAAUUAGCCUGCUAGCCUGCUAGCCGUUAGCCCGUGGCGCUUGAAAUGCAGCAGCAGUGAGCGGCUGUCGGCUGUGUCAUGUCCGCCUAGCGCCGGUGCAGCUGUCGAAGCAAACUCCCGUGCAGCGCGCGAGGCAAGAUGGAGAAACAGUUGCAUUUAAACCUGUUAGCUUCCAGGCCGCCCGUGCCGGCUGGCUUGCAGUCCAGCUCCAAAACGAAGAUGGGGCCUGGACGAAGGAGAGAUUUCACCCCGUUGUCCUGGAGUCAGUAUUUUGAAACCAUGGAAGAUGUUGAAGUGGAGAAUGAAAACGGCAAAGACAUUUUCAGAGUUUACUGCAGCGGAGCUCACGGUCCCGUGCUGCUCCUGCUCCACGGAGGCGGACACUCUGCUCUCUCCUGGGCUGUCUUCACGGCUGUCAUUUACAGCAGGAUUAACUGCCGGGUGGUAGCUGUGGACCUUCGAGCUCAUGGUGACUCCAAAGUGAAAAAUUCAGAAGAUCUUUCUGCAGACACUAUGGCCAAGGAUAUUGGCAAAGUAGUGGAGGCACUUUAUGGAGACAACCCACCGCCAAUCAUGGUUAUUGGGCACAGCAUGGGCGGGGCCAUAGCGGUUCACACCGCCGCUGCCAAUCAUAUCCCUUCGUUGCUUGGCCUCUGCGUCAUCGACGUUGUCGAGGGUACGGCGAUGGACGCUCUGAACAGCAUGCAGAAUUUCCUGAGAAGUAGGCCAAAAAUGUUUAAAUCGCUGGAAAAUGCCAUCGAGUGGAGCGUGAAGAGUGGGCAGAUCCGAAACAUCGAGUCGGCACGGGUGUCGAUGAGAGGCCAAGUGAAAAGAUGCGAAGAGUCCACCAGGAGCCCAGUGGUCUCCACGAGCAUCGGUGAAGGUAUCAUAGAAGAAGAGGAGGAUGAAGUAGGGGAAGAAGAGUCCAACAAGAAAAGAAUGAAGGAAGAUGACCAGGAGACAAAGAAAGAAAGCAUCUUCACGUGGCGAGUUGAUUUGGCAAAGACCGAAAAGUACUGGGAGGGCUGGUUUAAAGGCCUGUCUGCACUUUUUCUCACCUGCUCUGUGCCAAAACUGCUCCUGCUCGCAGGGGUGGACAGGCUUGACAAAGAUCUGACCAUCGGACAGAUGCAAGGGAAGUUUCAGAUGCAGGUCCUCCCUCAGUGUGGUCAUGCCGUCCACGAGGACGCACCUGAAAAAGUAGCGGACGCUCUCGCGACGUUCAUGGUCCGCCACAAGUUCGCUGACUUUAAAGAAGGAUAUAUGUGUUAAUUUAAUAUGUUGCCAUAGAAGAACAUUUUGAAGAAUCAUCAUCAUCAUCAUUGUACAACAGCAGAUUACAGAGAAUAUAUAUUUAAAAAAAAAAAACACUCAUUAUUUGUUUAUGUAGAUACUUUGCCUUAUUUUAUUGUAAAAGAAUAAUUUGUUUCAUUUCUUUGUGAUGACUUUUUUUUUUAUGUAAAGUUCCCAUGUUUUAUUUUUGAGUGAUGUGUUAUGGUUCCAAAAUGUGUUUGUAUUGGCAAAAAAAUGAUUGAGAGGGAUUGAAAAGAAGUCACGUGUACAAUUUAGCAAGAUCCACACAGCGGAUUUGUUUGCUGCUGAUUUGCUCGGUGGGCGUCUCCGGUGUAAAGAAGAAACUUUGCCACGGUUCCAAAAAGUCACGAUUUGAUCUCCGCACCAACAUCGCUUUCGUGCGGUUGUACUCAAAAUGAUUUCAACCCCCAUUGCAAAUUAAGUUUGCGACGAAGCAAAAUGACGACGACGACGACCAACAAUUGUUACCUAUAUUUUUUUUGUUGUAAAUGUAUUAAAAGCCUAUACAAAUGGAAAUACAGUUGAGUGCGACGGAAUAGAGAAAAUGUACAUUUGAUUUGUGUGUUUUGAAUUGUUGCUGCUACGUGUAAACAGAGCAAAAUUGAGUGCAUUCAUUGAAUCUCAAAUAGCACAAUGGCAUCAGAUGCACACAAACUACCGUGAACUUUUCUUUCAUGUAUUUCGUGAAAUAAAAUGAGCAUUUAAAUUG